CAGAAUGGCAUGCAUAGAGAGAGCAUCUCCUGCUUUGAAGCAAAUACUGCUCAAAUUGUACUGUGCUGAGAAGCCCAUAGAGAUUGAUCAUCACUUAUACGAAUUUGGGUCAGUGGAGUACCAUAUUCAGUCUAAAGCCUCUAAUCCACUAGUAGCAUACUUGUCAAUAUCAACCCCAACUCUUUGCCAUGGAGUCCUACCAAAUGAACUUUCUUCUUACACCAUUGAUAUGGUGAAGGGACUUUGUCCAAACGUUGUGGAGAUUGCAGAACCUGUCAAAGAAGGAUAUCAACUUACUCUGAAGCUUAACCUCAAUCAGAUUCCACGGAACAAAGAUUAUGUCAAGGUCAUUAGGGAGAUUUGCACAGUUCAAUCAAUAAUUCUGAGUUCACAGCUGAAAAAUAUAUUGUGGAAUGUAAAUUCUGAUGAUGCAAUUCAGGGGAUGUACAAACCCAUCAAACUAGUCUACCAUCCAAGAGAACCUUUCUUUGUCAUCAGGCAGCCACAAAGAAUCAUAGCAGUUUUCCCAAUUAAUUUCAGAGAAAAGUCAGAUUUGAUUAUUGCAACAGCUUUCUUUCAGGAGCUCGUGGAUGUUGGAAGUUCAGAUAAAUGGGCCAAAGCACCACCUUGCACCUGGUCAGCCAUUCCUCCACCAGAAUUGAGAGGAGAAGCUUUUGAGGAUUUGAGUACCAAUGGAGGGUUUUUCUCUUUCGAUAUCUCUUCUCGCCAUGUUGAAGGCAAUAGACUAGACAAAACUGUCUGGAAUCUAUUAAAUUUUAAUGCCUAUGUUAGAAACCAUGUAAAGAGCACCAAAGGUUUUAUUCAAAGAAGGAUGAGAAAACGUUUGGAAAAUUUGGUUGAGGUCCUGCACCAUACAAACUCAGAAGAAAAUGAAAAAUCCAAAAAACAUCAAGGAUUUGAGUAUACGAAGAAACUAGUAAGAUCAUCAAAAUAUAACAUCCUGAAACAAAAAUGGGGCACCUUUGGAAGAAAAAUAAAGACGAUCCAUUUCCGACUUAAAAUUCAUGGAUUUGCACGAUUUCGUCAACGAUGGUUUAGGUUCCCAAAAUUUUCUUCUACAGGAUAUACAAAAUUAGAGUAGAUUUUUUACAAUUAUUAAUUCUUAUGUAAUAUAUGGACUUCAACUAAGUGAGAUGAGCCUAGGAGAUAAAUGAUUCACUGCACUAUUUUCUCAUGUAUACUAUAAAUUUAUCUGACUUUCAACUACUUGAUUGUAAACAAAAAGGAGGAUAUUCAUUUUUCUAGACAUCCACCAAAUUUG